UCAGUUGCAACAGAAACAAGCAGCGGGAGGGCUUAACACAUUUGUGAGGACAAUCCAUUUGCGUCUAGUGUUGAUUAUACUAUCUACCUCAUUUUUUUUAAGCCAGUUGUUGUCAGCAACUUUUAUUUUGUAUGAUAUAUGUGUAUUUAUAAUUUAAAUUAAAAAUUGCACUAUUUUUGUCAACUUUAUUGCACUAUAGAACUAUUUGUUGAAGAUGCACACUACCCAAAAGGAUACCACCUACACGAAGAUUUUUGUUGGGGGCCUCCCUUAUCAUACCACAGACUCAAGUCUCAGGAAAUAUUUUGAGGUGUUCGGCGAAAUAGAAGAGGCUGUAGUUAUUACGGACAGGCAGACUGGAAAAUCCCGGGGCUACGGAUUCGUCACCAUGGCAGACCGAGCCGCUGCCGAGAGGGCUUGCAAAGAUCCCAACCCAAUCAUCGACGGCAGGAAAGCCAACGUAAACCUGGCAUACCUGGGGGCGAAGCCGAGAGUGAUGCAACCAGGUUUUGCCUUUGGGGUUCAGCAGAUUCACCCUGCUUUCAUUCAGCGGCCUUUUGGGAUCCCUGCUCACUAUGUCUAUCCUCAGGCUUUCGUGCAACCUGGCCUUGUGAUCCCACAUAUUCAACCUACGGCAGCUGCAGCGACAGCCGCCUCUCCCUACAUUGAUUACACUGGAUCUGCCUUUGCACAGUAUUCUGCGGCUGCCACUGCUGCUGCUGCGGCAGCUGCUUAUGAACAGUACCCUUACGCCGCAUCACCAGCUGCAGCUGGUUAUGUAACUACUGCUGGCUAUGGUUAUACUGUUCAGCAGCCUCUUGCAGCUGCAGCUCCCGGCUCAGCAGCUGCUGCAGCUGCUGCUUUUGGUCAGUACCAGCCACAGCAGCUGCAAACGGACCGUAUGCAAUAACAACUGGACUACAAAUGGGAGAAGGAUGGGACAAAAGAAGUUGUAUUCCAUUGCCUUUCAACUUGCAGUGAUGAUAAAGCAAGAUGGUAUAAAAUAACAGCUGAAUGUUUUUUCUUUUUUAUUUAUUAUUUAAAAAAAAAAGCCUAAAAUUUAAAAAUUCUUAAUUCCACAAUCUUAAAAAAAAAAAAAAAAAAAAAAAAAAAAGUGUAGGUCAGGGCAUUAUUUACAAAUGCCCUUAUACAUUAUGAUGCAUUCAUUAUUAGGACUUAGAGGCCCUACUUAUUUUUUAAUAGAAUGGUAGCAUAUAGUAUAAGGGCUUAUAAUAUAUGUUCUACACAGUGCAUUGUCACAUUUUUUCCAGGUUCAGGGAAAAAAAAACUUGUUUCCAGUAAAUAAUUAUCUCUUGUUUUCAAGAAAUGCAUUUCAGGGAAUGAUGUAAGUAAACAAAAUAUGAACAUUAUACUACUACCUUUUUUAUCUUCCAAGUGCUGAAUGUCCUUUAAAACUUGCAGCCUAACCUAUGCAAAAUAUUUUUUUUUCUGUACUUAGGAAAGUUAGGGAUUUUUUUUUCCUCCUCUUUUGGAAGGGCAUCGAACAAUUUAAGGCACAUCGCCAUUUGGCAAAAUAACAUGGACACCAUUUUUUUUUUUCUCCCCUGUCUGUUUGCUUGAAUGGGACUCUGGAGCAAGCGAUGUGGCAUAAAUGGGUACAACAGCUGUCCGGACAAUCAACAACACAGACAGCUCUGGAAAGAACGCAUCACUUGUGCUUGUUUGAUGAGCUGUCACAUUUUAAUCCCCCUCCCUGUCCAUUUGGGAAAAUGUAACUGCUGGUGUCAGCUAUUCCAAUUCUGAAACAGGAUCAGCCCUUGAUGACAACAGAAUCCCUCUCCCCCUCUAUUUAUUGCACCUGUCUACUCUGGCUUUGUGAAUGAAACACAGUGGGAGAGUGGGGACAAAAAUGUGAAAGUUAACCCUUUGAAACAUGCUAACUUAGUUAAGAGUGAACAGUCCUCCUCUUUAGAUUGUAUUAAUUGGUGCAGUAAGAUUGACAUGAUUAUUCACCAGUAUUUAUUAUACACGUUAUACAUGCUGGUCUUUAUUCAAAAUCAUUUUGUUUUAAAAGGUUACAUAUUUUUAGUAUGUGGUUCUUACUGUGCCUUAUAAUUUGUAUAACUAUUUAAGGAAAAUAUUUAUUUUGAAAAUUUAACUAUGUUCGCUCUAAAGAAGGGAACUUUAGAUGCGGUACUGUAUAAAUAUUAUGUAUUCAUCUCAAGGCAGAUAAGUUAUUAAGUAGGUAGGUUUUAGUUGUAGUAUAUUAACCUAUUCAAGAAAAUUUGUUUAUUAAGGUUUAUUUAAGUUAUAAAUUUGUAUGUGCACUGUAUAAUAUUUUUGCCUUUCAAUUUUUAGAAAACAAAUGUGAUAUUGCCUAGUUUAACUUUUUCUAUGGAAAAUAUUUUAAAUAUCUAGAAGAUGUAUCUCUGCUAAUUUGUGUUUAGAAAUAUUGGGCGAUGCCUAUUUUGGCUGGGAAAGGAAAAGGCAAUUGCUGCUUUAAAUAUUAGAAAUGAUUGUCUUGUAAAGCCUGAAAUCUGUUCUUUUUUUUUUUUUUUAUGUCUGUCUUCAUCAAAUGAAAUAUUUUACACCAUUGGAUUUUUUUUUUUAUACUUGAACAAUUUCUUACAAGGGAAACAUAACAAAAGGUUUUUUAAUGUUAUCUUUCAAUGCCACUCCAUAAUGUAAUACUUUUGGGGAAAAACAACUGCUCUCUGCAUUUUAAAUUCUUCAAGUUCUGUUUAUUUUUCACUUCAAAACCUCUAUACUCUUGAUAUUAUUGAAAAUAAAAGAAAAAUGAAUUGUUUUAAUAUAA